UUUGGAGACCCAGUGAGACAGCUGUGCCCUAUCUACGGGGCCGUUUUGAGUUUGGAGACCCAGUGAGACAGCUGUGCCCUAUCUACGGGGCCGUUUUGAGUUUGGAGACCCAGUGAGACAGCUGUACCCUAUCUACGGGGCCGUUAUGAGUCAGAAUCGACUGAACAGCAGUGGGUUUGGUUUUGAUUUUGACUCAAUUAACCUAAUAGAUAACAUCUUCGAAGACUCUAUUUCCAAACGAGGUCACAUUCACAGGGUUAGGUCUUCAACUUAUCCCUUGGAGGGGGGCACCAUUUACCCAUCACACUGUGACACAGCCUAAACAUUGGCCCAAGCCCUUCUCCAGGAUGGAGCCAUGUGUAACUAGAGGUCUGAACGCCCCAUCGCUCCAGGAAACUGCUGGCAGCAUCCCCAAAGUGGGCCCAGCUCUGGGUGUGGGUGGCUCCCACUCCACCUGGAGCCAAGCCCACACCCUCCCUCCCAGCAGGAGCACAUCCGGGGCCCCUGAGCCCAGCCACAUGGCCAUGCCCAGCACGGUGCCCAUCUUGCAAAUGCAACCAGUAACCCUGCCUUCUCUUCUCACAGCCUCCAGGCCCCAUUCAGCAGGAUGGAGAACACACCCCUCGUAGCUGACUACGGCUCCGGUGUCAGCAAGGUGGGCUUUUCGGGAACGGAAGCCCCGCUGGUGGUGUUCCCAACUAUCCUGGGGAAACUGCGGCAUGACAUUUGGCAUCACAGCUUCUACCAGAUGCUCCGCGUCGCCCCGGAACAGCACCCUCUGAUGUUGACAGAACCACCUUUAAGCCCAAACUCCUACAAAGAGAAAGUGUCGCAGAUUAUGUUUGAGACCUUCAAUGUACCUGCCCUAUAUAUAGCCAACCAAGGAGUCCUUUCUCUGUACGCCUCUGGUAAAACAACUGGAACGACCAUUGAAUCUGGAGAAGGGAUGACCUACUUCGUGCCCAUCAUUGAUGGCUGCCCUUUGCAUCAGUCAACCAUGCAACUGGACGUCGCCGGCCAAGACCUAACCUUGUACUUCAUGCAACUGCUGACAGAAAGUGGGCACUUAUUUGUGAGCUCAGAUGACCGGGAGUAUAUCCGAGGCAUGAAAGAGAAGUGUUGCUAUGUGGCUUUGGACUUUGAAAAAGAGCAGGCAAAAGCCGAGUCACCCGCUUUCAAGAGGACAUACCAGCUGCCCGACGGUCAGGAGAUGGAUGUUGGCAGAGAGAGGUUCUUCUGCCCUGAGGCGCUCUUCAACACAAGCCUCAUAGGGAGGAACACCCUGGGCAUCCACAUGGUCGCCUCCCAGAGUGUCUCCUCCUGCGACCCCACCCUCUGGAAGAACCUCUUCGGCAACAUGGUGUUGUCAGGAGGGACUGGCUCCUGCUCCGGCUUGCGGUUCCGGCUGCAGAGAGAAAUAUCUGACGUGGUUUCCCCUUCCAUAAACGUGCAGGUGUCCUCCUGCCCGUACUCCAUGUACGGCUCUUGGGUUGGGGGCUCCAUCCUCUGCUCGCUCUCUACGUUCCAGGACAUGUGGAUCACCAAGGAAGAGUAUGGAGACGUUGGCUCCUCCAUCGUCAUUAGAAGAAGCUUCUGA